AUGGAAGGGCUAAACAUCAAGAUUGUACGUACCACCGGAUAUCACCCGGAAAGUAACCCAGUGGAGCGAACCAACCGAGAGAUUGGGCGGUUACUCCGUACUUAUUGUCACAAGCAGCACACGAACUGGCUACGCUGGUUGGACAAUAUAGAGUUCUGGGUCAACCACACUACCCAUUCAUCAACAGGCUACACUCCCCAAUAUGUGUUGUUUGGAAAAGACAUGGCAUUAUCAAUCACCAAGCUCAUCACAUUCCCACCAUACAACGACGACAAACCCAUCCAGGAUGUAGUUCAAAUAGUGAUGAAGAAGACCAAGAAACAGGCUCAACUACGAAACAGAAGGAAAGACAAAGACAAGAUUUUUCCAAAGUAUGAAAUUGGAAUGAAGGUACUGGUUAAAGAACACCGACUGUCAUCCGCAGAGGACCACGAAAUUCAUAAGCUAUUUUUACUAUACCAUGGGCCAUAUCAAAUCCAGGAGGUACACCAGAACAACACAGUCACCGUGUGUACUCCUAAUGGAACCAAACACACUUACAACUUUAAAAACAUCAAACAGUACCAUGAGGCUGAACUCCCAGCUGAGGUACUGGUUGAGCGUCACUAA